UCCAAGCUGACCAAGAAACACCAUAAUUACUGUUACUACCAGUCUGACAACUCGGCCCAAGUCACCAAGACUGAUACGCAUACGCGGUCUAAUUCAAUAUGGCCGCCAAUGUGUCCCAAAUUUUAUUGGCAACUGAGGCAGAGUUAUAUGUACAAGAACUGAAGCCAUAUAAUAUUAAGGACUUGGGUGAUGCUAAGUGGCAUGUUAACCAUGAACACAUUGAAAAGCUUAAUAUGCAGGCAAUAAUGAAUGCUUCAAUGAACACGGAUGAGUUCGUGAAAGAGUUGCUUAUUUCAUACGAAAAGAUUCCAGUUCUCAUUCAUGAUGUUUUAGUCAGUGAGAUAUGGAGAAAUAAAGUGCUUCCAUUAAUACUUGAUUCUGAAUUCAAGCCUGGAACGACCUUGCCUAUUUACAUGGUGUUGUUUCACGAAGUUAGCCUAAUAAGUCUACUGGAGACGACAAUGUUUUAUAAAGAGAGUUGUGAGGCAGCUGGUGAUAAUAUUAUCGAUCUGGUGGAUUUCUGCCAUAGACAAAUAGCUUGUCUUAUAGCAAGAGAGGAAUGUGAUGACGAAAAUAAAAAUCAGGAAAUGAACUCGACUGUUAAGGAGUUGGUUGAUCAAGCUGAAGAGAUAAGAUUUAACGUCAGUGUGAAAGCAGUUUCUAUACUACGUUACAUUUUAGAUCAUAUGUCCAGUCUGUCAUUGAGUGUUAUGACUAGAAUACUGAAUACUCAUGAUAUUCCAGUGGCUUUAGUGCAAUUAAUCGAGAAACCUCCGUGGGUUAAGAGAGACAAGGAAGGAAAGCUGCUAAAGUUUAUUGACGGAAAGUGGAAGCGUUUGCCAGAUUCAGAAAGGUUGCACAUUACCAAAAAUGAAGGCCAGGUUUGGCUUUCGCUGUUUCAUUUGUUGAUGGAUCCUGAAUGCAGACGGAAAUAUGAAUUAAACACCUACAAUAAAACACAAAUUUUAAAGCUUCGAGGUUAUUUGAAUGAAAUUCUGCUUGACCAAAUACCAAAUCUUAUCGAUUUACAAAGAUAUUUGGAGCAUCUUGCGGUUCUUGAAUUACCAAUAGCAAAGAGAGACUUGGUUUUGGAACAGGUCCCUGAAAUACGAGAAAAACUUUUAAAAGAGAAUAAAAAUACGUGGGAAAAGAUUGCAAAACAUCAAAUAAACCAUUAUUUUAAUCCGUCAGGUCAACAGCUAAAGAAUCAUGCCGAAAUAUGGGCGAAAACAUACAAUAUAGAAUCUCUUGAAGGAUUGAUUAGUGAUCCACCUAAAUGUGCAAAUUGUGGCCAGUCAGCAAGCAAAAGGUGCUCCAGAUGUCAAAAUGAGUGGUACUGUAAAAGGGAAUGUCAGGUGAAACAUUGGAGUAAACACAAGGUAUCGUGUAAUUUAUUGGCUGAGGUGAAGUCAAAAUGACCUGUACGGCAUAAGAGAAGAUGACAACGAAAGAAAAUGACUUCAGUGAAAAAAAAUUAAAGCAAGAAUGCCAGUUCAUCAACGUAGUUCAAUCUAUGACACACAGAGUAUUUUAUUUAUUUAUUUAUUUAUUUAUUUAUUUAUUACACUACGAUUCCUGGACCUAUACUCAUUCUCUCCGGUAAAGACAAAUCAGGUCUUUCCCAUCACCACAAUGUCGAUCACUGACGAUGAUUUUAAUUUUUAAUUUUUUUUAAAACCGUUUUCGUCACUUGUAUCGUUUUGACGCCUUGUGUACACGACCGAAAGGAACCUAUUUCCAAUAUUCUAGAGGAUUUUAAAGGGUCUUAAUUUCGAGUGGUAUUAUACACACUUCAAAUUCAAGCCAAUAUAUUGCAUUAUAUGAUACUUCUGCACCCGUUUUUGGGCAAAGGACAGCGUUGUACUUUCUUUCCUUGUCCUCGGAGUUUUCGUAUUCAUGUAUAUUGUAAAGCAAUUAUAUAGUUAAUAUAUAUAGUUAUUAUAGUUGA